CGCACAUGUACGUUUUUUUACGACUGUGUUUGUGUUUGAAAUCCGAGGCUAGGACUAGCCUAGCUACUGUUUAGUCUUCGUGUUCGCAGGGGCUUUUGGACUACUAUCUAGUCACUGCAAUGGGUGUUAAUCACUUUUAUAGAAGUCCAGCACUUCUUCCUGGGGCUCGCAAAGUUCUGUGGAAGAAAUUGAACAAGCAGCUUGUAAAUUCAAUGUUACAGGACAUAAAAACAGAAAUAUGUUUCAAUGUAGCAGUAGAAAAUGAAGAUUACUUAAGUGCAGAGGAACAGAAGAAGAUACAGUGGAUCCUAGGAACACCUUUUGAGGAGUGUAGCCUGCUCAGUAAAUCUGUCAUCGUUGAGGAUGGCCAAGAGCCAGAUGGUUUACUUAUUGAAAUUGGACCUAGGCUGAAUUUCUCCACGGCUUGGUCAACAAAUGCCGUAUCCAUCUGCCAAUCGGCUGGAAUCAACAAAGUGACUCGCAUAGAACGUUCCAUUCGCUAUCUCAUAAACGUAGCCGAUGAGAAUGGGAUUCGCGCUUCUAUCAGCGUGGAAGAGGAGCGACUCCUAGAAGCAGCACUGCAUGAUCGCAUGACGGAAUGCCGCUACACUCAACCAAUCAGCAACUUCAAAAUCCAAGUGAAAUCGGAGGAAGUUUUCGAAGUAGAUGUAUUAGGUCAAGGCAAAGAUGCUCUGGAAAAGGCAAAUAAGGAAUUGGGACUUGCUUUUGAUGAUUGGGACUUGGAGUUCUACACCAACAUGUUUGUUGAGAAAGUUAAGCGCAACCCAACAAGCGUUGAACUAUUUGAUCUGGCUCAGUCAAACAGUGAGCACAGUCGCCAUUGGUUCUUCAAAGGCAGGAUGGUAAUUGACGGAGAAGAGAAAAAGAACACUUUAUUCCAGAUGGUCAUGGCGACUCAGGAAACCAGCAAUGAUAACAAUGUCAUUAAAUUCUCAGACAAUAGCAGUGCAAUCAAAGGUCAUAAGGUCAAAGUUCUUAAGCCAGCCAAUCCUGGAUCAGCAUGUGUGAUGGAGGAAUCAGAACCAUUCAGGCAUAUCAUCUUCACAGCGGAGACACACAACUUUCCCACUGGAGUGGCACCAUUCCCAGGUGCUACCACUGGAACUGGGGGUAGAAUACGAGACGUACAGGCUGCUGGAAAGGGGGCACACGUGGUGGCCGGCACAGCAGGUUACUGCUUUGGAAAUUUGAAUAUUCCAGGUUAUGAUCUACCAUGGGAGGACAAGACGUUUGUGUAUCCUAGCAACAUGGCCCCUGCCUUAUCAGUCGCUGUUGAAGCCAGUAAUGGUGCUUCAGAUUAUGGCAACAAGUUUGGGGAACCGGUUCUAACCGGUUUCUCCCGGUCAUUUGGCAUGAUGGUUUCUGAUACUGAGAGAAGAGAAUGGGUUAAGCCCAUCAUGUUUAGUGGUGGUAUAGGAAUGCUUGAGAGUAUGCAUACAACAAAAGAAGAAGCAAAGAAAGGAAUGGAGAUAGUGAAACUUGGUGGACCAAUCUAUCGGAUUGGAGUUGGUGGAGGUGCCGCAUCUUCCAUCCAAAUCCAAGGUGACAACACGGAACAGCUGGACUUCGAGGCGGUGCAGCGAGGUGAUGCGGAGAUGGAGCAGAAGUUGAACCGAGUUAUUAGGGCUUGUAUUGAAAUGGGAGAGGAUAACCCAAUUUGCAGUAUUCAUGACCAGGGUGCCGGUGGUAAUGGCAAUGUUUUGAAAGAGAUUUCAGAACCUGCCGGAGCCAUCAUUCGAGCCAAAGAGUUUCAACUUGGGGAUCCAACGAUCAACACUUUGGAACUCUGGGGCGCAGAGUAUCAGGAAUCAAAUGCCAUCAUUGUUAAAUCUGAGGAUCGUCCCAAGCUUCAGGGCAUCUGUGACAGGGAGAAAUGCCCUGCUGUUUUUGUUGGAGAAAUUACAGGAGAUGGAAAGAUUCGUCUUGAGGUGGAGAAGAAGGUUGAGGAAGUGGGUGAGGGUGAUGCUGAACCCCCAGCCAAAAAAAGAACGGCUCUAACUUACCCUGUAGAUCUUCAGUUGGACUGGGUUCUGGGCAAAAUGCCACAAAAGGUUUUCAACUACAAUCGUUGCAAGCCUAACCUGAGUCAGCUGACUCUGCCUAAAGAUCUGUCAAUCAGAGAUGCACUGGACCGUGUACUCAGACUCCCGUCUGUAGCCAGUAAGAGAUAUUUAACCAAUAAGGUGGAUCGAGCUGUCACUGGUCUUAUAGCGCAGCAACAAUGUGUAGGCCCACUUCACACACCUCUUGCUGAUGUAGCCGUCACUGCAUUUUCGCACUUUGACACCGUCGGCUCGGCAACAGCUAUAGGUGAACAGCCAAUCAAAGGGCUAGUUGAUGCUCACUGUGGUGCCAGGAUGUCAGUUGGUGAAGCCCUUACUAACCUUGUGUUUGCUAGGAUCUCCGAUCUAAAGGAUGUGAAAUGCAGUGGUAAUUGGAUGUGGCCAGCAAAGCUACCUGGAGAGGGUGCUGCAUUGUACGAUGCUUGUGAGUCCAUGUGUGAGGUGAUGCGCAAGUUGGGUGUUGCCGUGGAUGGUGGCAAAGACUCGCUAAGCAUGGCAGCACGGAUAGGACCAGACACAGUGAAAGCUCCAGGUACACUGGUUGUGUCUGUUUAUGUUGCAUGUCCCGAUAUCAGAGCAACAGUGACCCCUGACCUCAAGUGCCCAGAUGGUAAAGGAGCCUUGUUAUGGGUUUCGUUUGGACAGAAGCAUAGUCGUUUAGGUGGUAGUGCCCUUGCUCAGUGCUACAAUCAGCUUGGAGACACUUCGCCUGAUCUGGAUGACGCAGAAACGUUUGUAAGAGGAUUCAACACAAUGCAAAAUCUAAUCUCAGAGGGGAAAGUAUUGGCUGGUCAUGAUGUAAGUGAUGGUGGCAUAAUCACAACGCUAUUAGAAAUGGCAUUUGCUGGGAAUUGUGGGAUAGACGUUAAUAUUUCUUCAGAAACUGAAGUGAAUGCCAUUGAUACUUUGUUUGCUGAAGAGCUUGGACUGGUGUUGGAAGUGAAACCUGAGAUCUCUGAUGAGGUCUGUAAGCAAUUUAGUAAAAACAAUGUGCCUUGUUCUGUGAUUGGUCAGUCUAGCAGAUCAGGUCAAGUGUCAAUGGUUGUAGUCUCAGUAGAUGGAAAAGAAGUGUUGAAGGAGAAGAUGACUUCACUUAGAGAUGUCUGGGAGGAGACUAGCUUUCAGUUGGAGAGACUUCAAGCAAAUCCUAAAUGUGUUGAGGAGGAGCAAAAGAAUCUGGCCAAUAGAACAACACCACCAUUUAAACUAACCUUUGACCCAAGUGUGACGGAUGUGAAGAUGGUACAAAAUGGAACCAUGGAAGAUGGGCGGAAGCCUAAGGUAGCUGUGAUCCGUGAGGAGGGUAGUAACGGAGAUCGUGAGAUGGCGUCUUCACUACACAUGGCGGGAUUCGAAACGUGGGAUGUCAACAUGCAGGAUCUAGCUAGCGGCCAAAUCACUCUUGACCUGUUCCGUGGAGUCGUGUUUGUUGGCGGGUUUAGUUUUGCUGAUGUAUGCGGAUCAGCGAAAGGGUGGGCAGCAACCAUUUUGUUCAACCCAACUGUGCGCGCUCAGUUUGAUACUUUCAGAGCUAGGGAGGACACAUUCUCAUUGGGAGUCUGCAAUGGGUGUCAACUAAUGGGUCUGAUUGGAUGGGUGGCUCCAGAGGUCACAAAGGAGGCUAAGAAUGAUGCUAAUACAGAUGCAGCAUCUGCACGUCAAGGACUUCACCUUGCUCACAACAUAUCUGAACGUUUUGAGUCCCGUUUUGUUACCGUGGAGAUCAAGCCAAGUCCUGCUAUGAUGCUAAAAGGAAUGGAAGGGUCUAUGCUAGGUGUGUGGGUACAACAUGGGGAAGGUCAUAUGAAGUUUGCUAACAACGAAACCAAAGAUGCCGUGCUAUCUAAGAAUCUUGCCCCAGCACGCUAUGUUGAUGACAAGGGACAAGUAACCACCGAAUACCCUCUGAAUCCCAACGGAUCACCCAACGGCAUAGCAGCUGUCUGCUCUCAAGAUGGCCGCCACCUGGCCAUCAUGCCGCAUCCGGAGCGUACAACAUUGACGUGGCAAUGGCCUUGGAUGCCGCUGGAGUGGAGGGAGACGCUCAAGGUGUCUCCGUGGUUGAAGAUGUUCCAGAAUGCUUGCUCGUGGUGCUUAGAGACCUCCGAGGCAGAUCGAUGAGUCACAAGACAACCCUCCAUCACUCCACGAGGGAUUGCAAUGUCAGAGUGAAUUAUAUAACUUCAUGUUCUUACCAUGUGCAUAGGUAUAUUUCACCUGGUUUGCAAAGGAGGAUGGAGUGGUGACGAAAUACAUUUCUCAUAUACAACUAAAUUAUUCUAGCUGGUGUGUGCUGAGGGAUGUUGUAUUAAUAUUACAUGCUUGUGCUUAAAAUGAAGUUUUAUGCUGACUGACAGUUUUGUCAUAUUUUCCCUUCACGUCUUUCCUUAGUGCAUUGAUUUUAUAUUUUCAAGCCUUUUAUUGCACAAAGUGGGGAACAAUGGUUUGUCUAAAAGGUCAGUAAAAAGAUGUACAUCAUAGUAUCAAAUAUCUUGUUUGACGAUUUUCUGCAGAUAAAUGAAAGUGUAAAAAUAAUCUUGCCAGUCAAUAAGACAUUCCAAAAAGACAUUUUUUGUAUUCUUUAAUAUUAUUACUAUUUAUUUUUCCCAACAGCAUCAUUAAUGGUGAUCAUGUGUUAGCUGAGCAAACAAUUUCAUAAAUUCAUAUAUUUUUGAGAUCUGAAUAAAUGGUCAUCAUCACAAAAUUA